AUGGAUGUGCCCUACAAAGAGAUCUCCCAGCCCUCUGGUCUGGAACAUUUGGAGUUAGAAUCGGUAUAUUACUCCUCCUACGAAAUCGUCAUCCCCCAGAGUUUGACAGUGAAGGGAAGGGAAGACCCAGUGGAAAAGGCAUCCUACAUGCUAUAUAUGCAGGGCCAGAAACAGGUGAUUCACUUGAAGGUGAAGAAAGACUAUUUUGUGAGCAGCUUUCCGGUCUUCAGCUACCACAAUGGGAUCCUGGAACAAGAAAUGCCCUUCAUCUCACAUGACUGCCACUAUGAAGGCUACAUAGAAGGAGUCCCAGGCUCUUUUGUUUCUGUCAACACAUGUUCAGGCCUCAAGGGCAUCCUGAUUAAGGAGGAACAAUCCUAUGGCAUUGAGCCCAUGGAGUCUUCAAAACGGUUUGAACACGUGCUGUACACCAUGGCACACCAAGCUCCAGUCUCCUGUAGUGUCACCUCCAAUAAGAGUCAACAAGGGGUGUCCACCAGCCGGCAACAAGGGAGCAGGAAGCUUCGUGAUCUACACGCACCGUCCUACUUGUGGUCACACACCAAGUACGUGGAGAUGUUUGUUGUGGUGAACCACCUGCGGUUCCAAAUGUGGGGCAGUAACAUCAAUGAGACAAUCCAGGGAGUGAUGGACAUCAUUGCUCUGGCCAACAGCUUCACUAGAGGAAUAAACACAGAGGUGGUGCUGGCUGGAAUGGAGAUUUGGACCGAGGGGGACCUAAUAGAGGUCCCGGUGGACUUGCAAGUUACGCUCAGGAAUUUCAACAGCUGGAGACAGCAGAAGCUCUUCAGUCGGGUGAAGCAUGAUGUUGCCCACAUGAUUGUUGGGCAUCAUCCCGGACAGAACAUGGGACAGGCAUUUCUCAGUGGUGCCUGUUCAAGUGGUUUUGCAGCAGCUGUUGAAUCCUUCCAUCACGAAGAUGUCCUCCUGUUUGCCGCACUCAUGGUCCAUGAGCUGGGGCACAACUUGGGUAUUCAGCACGACCAUUCCGCCUGCAUUUGUAAAGAUAAGUACUUUUGCCUCAUGCAUGAAAAUAUCACCAAAGUAGGUGGCUUCAGCAACUGUAGCUCUGACUCCUUCUACCAGUUUCUGCAUGAACACAAAGGGGCGUGUCUGUUUAACAAGCCAGGGCACAAAGGUCGCACACGUAGGGAUGCCAUCUGUGGAAAUGGUGUGGUGGACGGCCAGGAGGAGUGUGACUGUGGUCCUAUCUGUGAUAGGCACCCAUGUUGUGACCCAACAUGUAAACUGAAGAAAUACGCACAGUGCAGUCAAGGACUCUGCUGCUUUGAGUGCCAACUGAGAGGGAAGGGAUACAUGUGCCGUCCCGCUGGGGAUGAGUGUGACCUCCCAGAGUAUUGCGAGGGUACCUCUGAAGAAUGCCCUGUAAACACCUAUAAGCAAGAUGGCACACCUUGUGAAAGAAUUAACUACUGCUAUAUGGGCCAGUGUAGGAACCCUGAUAAGCAGUGCAUACGAAUUUAUGGGCCCCAUGCAAGGUCUGCCUCAGAAGACUGUUACCAAUCAAUGAACAGCAAAGGAGACCGGUUUGGAAACUGUGGCCGUCCCUCUGAGAAUGACCCAGUUUAUGUUAAGUGUAUAGAUGAUGAUAUAUUCUGUGGGAAACUUAUAUGUACAGAUGUUGCAUACUUACCAAGAAUCAAACCCAACCAUACGCUCAUCCAGGUCCCUUACACAGAUGACUGGUGCUGGAGCAUGGAUGCCUAUAAUGGUGCUGACAUCCCUGAUGAUGGAGACGUGCAGACUGGCACGUAUUGUGCCCCAAACAAAGUCUGUAUGAAUUACUCCUGCGUUGAUCACGCUGUGUUCAACUAUGACUGCAAACCAGCUGAAAUGUGUAAUGGGAAAGGAGUGUGCAACAAUUUAAGGCACUGCCAUUGUGAACCUGGCUUUGCUCCUCCUGAUUGCAGAGCACCAGGAGAUGGGGGUAGUGUGGAUAGUGGGCCCCCUGCCAACCUCGAUGACGUAAAUACAAGUAAAAGUGAACAAAGAAGUCAUAGUAGUGGUGGUGCUAAUGCCCACAGAGUUGAUGAGAAGACUAGAAAGGAAAACCAAAGCCUUGGCAAAUUAGUGUACAUACUCCCCCUGUUUCUUAUUGUAUCUUUUUUAGUUCUGAUUAUUCUUGCCAUCCUUGGGGCAAGAAAGCAGUCACCAGAGACCCAACAAGAAUCCACAGAAAAAGCCCCAAAUGCAGUCCUAGAAGAGCCUGCAACAGAAGAAGAAGUAGGUGAAGGAGAGGAAGAACCAGAGGCAGAAAAUGAGUAGUGGAAGGAAGAAGCCAAAUAUCUUAAACAUCUGAUGCACUGAGGAUGCAUAAAGGGCUCAGUGAAGCAAAGCUUAAGCGGGAAGUGAUGACUCUGAUUUGGACUAUAUAGUCUGUAGAAACAUAGUAGUGUCAGAGAAGAGAUUUUUCAAACUUUAUUUUAGUAAUUUUGAUU